GCUCUGUUGCCGGGCGACCCGGCCCCCGGGGUCACGUGAUGCGGAGCGGCGGCACGUGCGGAGCGGCGCCGGAAGCGGCGGGCGCGGAGAUAUGAAAUUUCUGUUGGUUUUUGAUUUUGACCAUACAAUCGUAGAUGAAAAUAGCGAUACCUGGAUUGUGAAAUGUGCUCCUGAGCAAAAACUCCCUCAUGGAUUAAGAAACUCCUACCAACCGGGACACUGGACAGAAUAUAUGGGCAGAAUCUUCGUCUACUUGGGCGAGAAUGGUGUCAAAGAAGAUGAGAUGAAAAGAACUAUGACAACAAUUCCUUUCACUGCAGGAAUGGUUGAUCUUCUAGGUUUUAUUGGCGACAACAAAGAGUUGUUUGACUGCAUUAUUGUUUCAGAUUCGAAUGGAGUAUUUAUUGACUGGAUUUUGAAAGCUGCUGGCUUCCAUAAGGUGUUUGAUGAAGUGUUUACAAACCCUGCAGCAUUCAGCAGUUCUGGCUACCUUACUGUUCGCAACUUCCACAGUCAUCAUUGUGCCAAGUGCCCUGAAAACCUUUGCAAAAGGAAGGUUUUAAAAGAGUUUGUAGAUAAGCAGUUAGAGCAAGGAGUAUGUUAUGCCCGAAUUGUAUAUAUAGGUGAUGGUGGGAAUGACUUAUGUCCAGUAACAUUUUUGAAGAAGGAUGAUAUUGCUAUGCCCAGGCAGGGGUAUACCUUGGAGAAAAAGCUUUCUCAGCUGGCCCAAGAUCUCAAUCCUGUAGAGUGUUCUGUUCUGGUUUGGUCAUCUGCUCUUGACAUUAUGUCUUAUCUGAAACUGCUCACACAAGAAUAAUUUCAACGAUAAAAUAAACUACUAUUGCUAUAUUUUUACCUUCCUGGGAGAGAAAAACUGCAUAUGAAAGCACAAAAUUGUAAAUUUUGGCUGUUACAUGAACCUAGUUUUUUUUAAUUACAAUAUUAAACUGCUUAUGUUCAA